GGCAAUCAUGUCUUUCCAUGCUUCAAUCAUCAAGAAAAAGUAAGAUGCCCUUUUGAGAUAGUUUUAUCAUUUCUAUGUGGAAAAGUGAGCAUUUGAUUGAAGCAGUGAGACAACUUUGCAGUUUUUUAUGGAGGAAUCUCUGCAUUUGACAGCUCCCAUUUACCCUUCACUCUCAUCUCAGCCGAGGAAGGAGGCUGCCUGGGAAGCAGCCGAAAGAUAUCUCUUUGAGUUGGGCUGCUUCUGCUGAGCACUCUUCCUGGGGUGGUUGUCGCACACAAGGACUCGGUUCUCAGGCACAGAAAAGAGUAGCCUCUUGGUGAAUGAAAGGACCUUUUUAGAUCAUACCGUCAUGAACAGGUCUCGUGCCAUGUUCAUGCAUCAGAUGAUUCAGUUUGGACCCAUCCAGUGAUGGGAGAGUCGUCUUUGUUUGGUACCAACAAGAUCAUAAAGGUGAGGGAAGAAGAAAAAGCCAAUCCUUUGUGUAGGACCAAAAAAGAUGCAGUUUUCUGAUGCUAACCACACUUGUCUGCAAUCUUUCUUGGUUCAGUACAAACAAAUCCCAUUUACUCCCACAUGCCUUGAUGUCUCCCCUGUGGAUCACAACCCCACAGACUGGUGCUGCAAUGAAUCCAGAGUUGAAGCAAUGAUACUGUGUGCCCUCUUUGAUCACCAGGAGGGUUGCACGUCGGGCUGAGCUCAAGGAUAUAUGAAUACCUUUUCCCCCACAUGAAAUGACCAUAAAGUAGUGUUACCUCCACCACAAAUAUUUCCCAAGGUAAGUUAUGAGAGUGCAGAAUGCAGUGUGUGGCAUUUGCACCCACCAAUAAUGGUGGAAAUUUCGUAGAAAAGUUCAGUCCCUCACUUCCAAAGUGGAGUUUCGUCAAACGAGCUUACUCUUUGUUGCUUAGUUUGGGGUCGUGACCUUUCAUCGCUUGAGGUGAAAAAGGACAAUAAAUAAAGAAUGAAGCCUUUCCUCGCCCUUUAUUGGCUGUUCCAUUGGCCCCUUUACAUAUAUCCAUUCUUCUCCGUCUCCUCCUCCUCCUCCUCCGAUCCCUCUCCAUAUAACUCUACGGAGUGCUGCUUUCCCCUUCUCCUCCUCCUCUUAUUCUUCUCGGUAUAAUCCUACAAAAUAUUCUUCUUCUCCUCUCGCGAUGGCAGAAGAAGAGGAAGCAGCAAGCUUCAAGCUUUUCGGAACGGUGAUUCUGAAGGGGGAAAGACACGUCAAGGAGGAAGAGGAGGCCGCGCAGGUGGCGUCGGGGCCGGGUGGGGCGGCUGAGGCGGCGGCGAGGGUGGCGGCGGCUCUGCCGUGCCCGAGGUGCAAGAGCAGGGAGACCAAGUUCUGCUACUUCAACAACUACAACGUGAACCAGCCGCGGCACUUCUGCAGGGCCUGCCACCGCUACUGGACCGCCGGCGGCGCCCUCCGCAACGUCCCCGUCGGCGCCGGCCGCCGGAGAGGCCGCCCCGCCCACCGUGGCGUCGGCGUCAGCAGCGGCGGCGGCGUGCUGGAGCGCCCGCCGCGGGAGCGUUUGGGCGGGGAAGCAGCGGAGCAGUGGCUCCUGAGGCCGCAGGCUCCGGCGAGGGUUGACCCAGGCUUCGACAGCGGGGGGCUUCGUUGACUUUCUUUCUAUGCGAUUACAGCGUGCUCCUCGCACGGGAAAAAGGUUUCUCUAUAUGCCUUGGCCGGCCUUUAUGAGUUGUAUUUGCACGACUAUAAUUGCAGUGCGAUUCCACAUAGAAAACCUUCUAUUUCUUGGCCUUAA